GAGCUGUGCAUGUUCUGGAAACCUGGUUACUGUCUGACCACAGAGGUCUAACUUCCAAAAACUUUUUUUAUCACCAGCAACAAAGGAAUUUAUUUCAACCACUACAGCAAGUAAAAAUGGGCACUGGGGAUUAUAUCUGUGUUACAAUGAGUGGAGGAGCACCCUGGGGCUUCAGGUUGCAAGGUGGAAGUGAGUUUCAAGAGCCUCUUCAUGUGUCCAAGGUUCGCAGUACCAGCAAGGCCUGCACUGCAGGGUUAUGUGUGGGAGAUGAGGUGGUCUCCAUCAAUGGGACAUCCUGCACUGACAUUCCUUACUCAGAAGUUGUGGCUCUUAUAGAAAAAUCACACGAUGACCUCCAGCUGCUUGUGAAAAGGACAGCAAACAAGACACUAGCAGCAGAAAAUAAAAAUGGGAAAGAUGAAAAUAUAAACAAGGAGGAGUACAAGGAAAGUACCACAUUAGAAAUCCGCCCGGGCCUACAAACUUUACCAAAAGAGCAUGACAUUUCUGAAACAAAUUGCCAAUCUUUUUAUUCAAGGACAGCGUGUGAUAUGGGUUUGAUAGGAGCAGAGAAAGACAAGGAUUUAAUGCUGUGCCACAAGAUUGCUCCUACAGAGGUCGAAACGCCAACGGAUGACUUAACAUGGGACAUUUCUUUGAUAAGAAGCAAAGAAGAAGCAACACAAGGUUCUAUAGUGGAGCUUCAGCUGACCGUCUCAGAGGACAUGCACUUGGGUACUGGAGGUGCUCCUAUUGUGACUCUUAUGGGUGCUGACAAAUGUACAUCUUCAGUAACAGAACACAAUGUACAGCAUAGUGAAACUGGCUCUGGGACCUCAGCAUUCCUUAAUAAAAGAGAGACACCUAUGCAGCUGGCAUCUACCACAUUCCAGAUAACAGGCAAACAGCAGGCACAAAUUAUCCCAGUAGGAGAGGCAGAAGAAACAUCUUUCCCCAGGGUUGAACUGAUCUUAGACUGUUAUGGUAGAGAGAAGGAGUCCAGGUCUCUGCCUGAUUGGGGGUGUGUUAGCUCAGUAGAGGAAGGAGGGCAGUCUGGGGCACCUCCUUCUGCUGUCUCUUUUGGAAACACAGCAGAAGACUCAGAGCAAGGAGAGGAGGAUCAGCAGGCAGAAAGUGAUCACACAAGACCCCACAAACACCGGGCAAGGCACGCCAGGCUUAGGCGCAGUGAGAGCCUCUCAGAAAAGCAAGUUAAAGAAGCCAAGUCUAAAUGUAAGAGUAUUGCCCUGCUGCUGACAGCUGCUCCAAACCCCAAAUCCAAGGGGGUGUUGAUGUUUAAGAAGCGUCGCCAAAGAUCCAGGAAAUUUACCUUGACGAGUUACGGAACAGGAGAACUUGAACAGCAGGAAGACGAGGAAGACGAAGACGACGAAAAUAAAGAGAAUACUUUCAAAGUCACUUGGUACGGCGCAAGUGAAUCAGACCUAGAUGAAGAUUUCUCAUCAGAACCUGAAAACGACGCACAUAUUGUAACCUUUGAUUGGGAUACUGGACUUGUAGAAGUUGAAAGGAAACUUAAUAGUGGUGAAACAAUGGAGGAGCUUCCAGAGACCAAAGGAAAAGGCGUUCUCAUGUUUGCAAGGAGAAAGCAAAGGAUGGAUCAAAUAUCAGCCGAGCAAGAAGAAAUCAGGAAACAUAGUAUUGAAGAGAAGGUGUCCAUCACAGAAAAUGUAAAUAGCACAGAGUCAUACCAGACCCAGCAACAGCAAACCAUUAAAACCCAGAGCUGUGUGAGUAAAAGUUAUAUAGAAGUCAGCAACACCCGAGUACAGAAUGGUAUAGUUGGAGCACAUGAAUCAAAUGCAUUUCAGCCUGUAAACAGAACAGCAAAACCCUUUAGUGGAACACAGAAUCGAGCAGCUCUGCCAUUUUCAUCUGGCAGAAACAUGGCUAGCCCUAUCUCAGAUGUGCCUGUACCACCUCCUUAUUCUUCUGUCACUCCACCUCCUGACACAAGGUACCAAGUAUCGUCUCCCGUACCUGGUAAAGCCCAAGCAGCUGUGUGGGCUCCAUCCUAUCCAAUAGAACAAAUAGCUUCUAGAGAUGAGAGGAUUGCUGUUCCAGCAAGCAAGACAGGGAUAUUACAGGAGGCAAAACGAAGGAGCACAAAACCCAUGUUCACAUUUAAAGAACAGCCUAAAGUAAGCCCGAAUCCUGAGCUUCUGACUCUUGUCCAGAACAGAGAAGGCAAACGUGCUACUGGCAAUGAGUCUGGGCCAGAAGAAGACUACCUUAGUCUUGGAGCAGAAGCAUGUAAUUUCAUGCAAGUAAACACUGGCAAGCUAAAAACACCUCCACCUGUUGCCCCAAAACCUUCUGUAAAAUCCCCUACCACGGUAAUGCCAACUUCACCAGUAUGGGCACCUCCAACUGCUGCUCCCUCAUCACAACAGGUCUUUCCAAACCAAAACUCUUUUCAGAGUACAGUUUCUGCAGAAGCCACUGUUGCACAACCAAAUUUCCAUUCUUACAACCCUCCAAGCACUCUUAAUUUAUCUGGUCCCUUCAGAGCUCCACCCAUGCCAGCUUCAGGGGUAAAUCAAAUGCCUAUACAAAAAACACCUCCUAUCACUCCAUCAGGCAGUUCUGCUGUUGCUGGAACUGCUUAUGAGAUGCCAGCUCUAAGAGGAAAAGGAGCAGAACUAUUUGCCAGGAGGCAGUCUAGGAUGGAAAAGUUUGUGGUAGAUUCAGCCACGGUUCAAGAGAAAGAAGAAAAAGCAGCUCGAUCAAUGUCUCCAACUCCAUCCUUACCAACAUCCUGGAAAUAUUCAUCCAAUGUCAGAGCCCCUCCUCCCUUAGCAUAUAAUCCAAUCCAGUCACCACUUUACCCUCCAGCAGCAAACAAGCCUGGCGCCAAGAUUGGAUCUUCAAAUGCCAAGAAAAAGCCCACCAAAGCACUCAGUGCACUUCAAGUUAUGAAACACCAGCCUUAUCAGCUUAACGCUUCUUUAUUCACUUUUAAACCCCCAUCUGAGAUGACACCUGCUACAGGAGAAGCUAAAAAAAGCACUAAGUCGGACUUUCUCCCUCCUCAAAAGCAGGCUCAAUUCACAAAGCAAGUCAACGCUCCUUCUAAUACUAACUCCCAGCCAACACCUGAAUACUCUCAGUCAAUCUACAACACACAACCUUCUUUCCAGUCAAGUGUCUUCACUCCCGGCAGCGAGUGUUACUCUCCUCUGGGAUACCCCAUGCAGCCUAGACAAGAAUCACCAAUUGCAACAUUGAUUGCUCCUCCAAGGCCGAAAUUUUCUGCAAAGAAAGCUGGUGUUGCAGCCCAGGUGUGGAAACCGGAAGUUGGUGAAGAAUAGUAUUCAAUUUGGAAAUGUGUUUCCACUUGUAAAGGAAUAAAUAGUUUGCAGUGGUGACCUGACAUACUUUUUGUCCUGGGUAUACUUAAUACCAUAACAUUGUAUCAUCCUUUAAACUGGGUCCAAAUCAUUUAUUACUUCUGAAAAUAAAUUACACAUAGGCUUUUCAUUGCAGUACUUAGCAGUAAUUAAUGUCCCAAUUGGAUGCAUACAGUUGUAUACUAUUAAGUAAUCAGGACUGUUGGGUUUUUGCUUUACAAUUAUUUAUGAUUAGUGAACAUUGUUCACUAUAUAUUACACUAUUAUGCAAUAACACUUAACUUUGUCUGUCUAGAGCCCCAAUAUUUUAGUUUAUUUAUAUCUCCCAGAGCCCAUGGAAUAGAGAGAUAUCUAGAACGUGAUAAGCCUUUAUGCAAAGUGUUCUUUUUAGAUAUUUAAUUUUGGCUGUCAAGUAAAUACACAAGACCUUAGAUGGACAAUAUUUCAUAGCGAAGAUUAUUCACAGACAUGUAGGGAAACCCUAAUGUUGUCCUUGAUGUAAAGUCACACAGCAAAACCAUGGAGCUAGCUUUUAUUUUUUUGUCUGUCUACAUUUACACUGCCCAUAUUUAGGCAUUUUAACAUAAACUGAAUUUUAUAAAGUCUUUCUAAUGUUGUAGUUAUGGAGAAAUAACAAGUGUUGUCAGUGCAAGUGCGGCUGUAAUACAGAGGACAGCCCAAGUAAUGUCUGCUCCUUGUAUGUUUUACCUAAGCUAGCAGACAGCGAACUAAGUUUUUUAAUUUUAUUAUUAUUUUGGUAUAAAAAGCAACAUUUGAUUGAGAUAACCAUGUUACAGAAUGGGACGGACAAGACCCAUAUGUAAUAAGCAGACGGUUUCUGUCUUGGACUUUCAGAGAUUUAUGAAGUAUUUUAUACCUAGAAUAUAUGACAGCUGGAAACAACUUUUUCUAGCAUGAAAUAGCUGUGUACUGUAGUUGCUCAUCCAUAUGUGCACUGCAGCGAAUGUUUCACUUUUGUAUUGCUUAAAUCAGUGGUAAACAAAACAUGAUAUUUUGACCGGGCUCACAUGUGGCUCCUUCUAAUUUAAGGCCAACAGGUUACAUUUGGGGAAAGCUAUUUGGUUGCAAAAGACUGAUUACAAUUUUCUGCAACCACUGGAUUUACUAAAUGUAUCUAAGAAAGAGAGCAAUGUUUGUUUUUUUCUGGUCAGAUUGCGUCUUUACAUUGUUCAUGGCUUCACAUGUUCGGGAAGCUGUUUGCUCACUACUGUUCUAGAACCAAAAUAAUAUCAGUUAUGAUAACGCAACAGGUCUGGAUUCACAUUUUGUGUCCCACUCAAAGGCAAUUUGCGUGCCGUCUUAUAACCCUCUAAUGUGGCUACCAUAUUCCAUCUGUACUUAGAAUAAAAAAGAUGAAAUAAUUUAGCCUUUAAUGAACUAAUUGGAAAUUGUUUAUAAUAGGUACAUAAUUAUUAAUCUAUAUAGCAGGCAGAGUACCAACUCCAGCAUAAUCAUAAUAUUUAUGGGUUGUAUAAUUAUUCUUUGUAACAAUUUAAUUAAUAUGAUUAUUACAAUAUUUUUGUACUUAAUAUACAUAUAUGUGACGGACAACAUAGAUGUCUUAGAUGCACCCUAUGAAAAUAAGAUUUUCUAGCAGAUAGUAAAAUUGUUUACAUUUUCCCUAUAUUUAUAAUGUCAUCAUUCUCAUGUACAACCACGUAUGCAUCCACUGUAUAUUUUAUUUUAUAGAGCCUAUAAAUCAAAAAGACAGAUGUUAUACACUUUGAAAUUAAAUGCAACCUGCACAGGAUAAGCUGUUUAGACACUUUUGAAAAAGUUUAGCCUCUGUAGCGUAUGGUUGAUGGUUUCAGGGGAUGCGUUUAGCAUCCCGGCGGUCAUGUGACCGACGCUGUAAUCCGUUUCAGAGCCUCUUUGCUGCUUAUGUACAGCUUUUGUUUUUAAUUGUUCUGAUAACUUUACUUUCACUUUCUAUUUUAUGCCCUUAUUUAUCAAUGAGUGAUAAAUUUCACUGUGAAUGAUAAAUUGCACCAGCCAAUCAGCUCCUAUCUGACAUGUUACAGACUGUGUUUGAAAAAUGAUAGGAGCUGAUUGGCUGGGGCAAAUUUAUCACUCAUUGCUAAAUAAGGGCAUUAAUAUUAUAUUUUACUAGUAUAUUAAUCACUGCCCUAUACAAGGUUCUAGCCUUGGUCGUUAGGAAACCAAACAGUAGAAUAAGAUUAGAUAAAAAGAUAUUUUUAAAUAAAAAUAUUUUUCUAAAAAAUAAAACAAAAAAACAUGUUAACAUUAUGGAAUGUGCAGCUUUAGAUUUUUAUUUUCUGUGCCUUUUAUAUGCAAGGAGAGGGACAAAAACACACAGAUGAGGACUCAAUCACUCACUUGUAGUGUAAAGCUGAAAUCCCUUGUUUGUUAGGUUUUUUGUUUGUUUUACUGUAUUCCCUUUGACAGAUUGUUCAGUGAUAGUCAUGAGUGUGGAUCAAUGGAUCAGUCGACAGUCACCAUGCCGACAUGCAUUAGGUAGGCAGGAGCAAUUCAACGGGUACAAAGGCCAACAGAUGAAAGGUCGACAGUGCUUAAGGUCGACAGGUACAAAAAUGGUCGACACAUGUUUUCUGGGCCAAAUCUUGUAUAUAUCGUUUUAUGUGAUCAACAUUAGUCCAAAUGUGUACCCUCACGGGCUCGCUUCACUCGCACGCUUUGGGCAAGGUGGCUCAUUUUGCUCGCCACAAGUUACUAUUCCCAAUAGAUGUCCAUGCGGAUAGUAAAUCAAGCAAAUGUUGAGAAAACAUGUUAAAACUCCCACCAAAAAAAGUUAACCAUUUAUGUGUCGACUAUUAUCAUGUCGUCCUUUUAAACCUGUUGUCCUUUUUACCUGUCAAUCUAAUGCAAGUCGAUCAUAUGGUGUCGACCUGUUGACUGUCAACCAAUACACUGUUGAUCUAUCAUCCGGAUACCGAUAGUUACAUAGCUGGCACAUGAUAGUGUACUUCAGCUUUAAUACAUGUUCAAGAGGGGAGUAAUCUGAUCUCUGGGUGGCCUGGUACACACUAUGCCAUAGGUCUGCAAACUCGGUCCUCAUUACCCAAUACAGUGCAUGUUUUCCAGGUCUCCUCACAGAAUCGCGAGUGAAAUAAUGAACUCCACCUGUGGACCUUUUAAAAUGUGUCUGCGAGUAAUUAAUACACCUGUGCACAUGCUGGGUUACCUGCAAAACAUGCACUGUGUGGGGGUAAUGAGGACAGAGUUUGCAGAUCACUCAGCACAUCAGUUAAACGCUUUGCUCUUCAAAGCGAUUAUCUGAUCAGGGUGUACCUUGCAUACACUGUGCUAUUUUUGGCUCAGUGUGUAUGCUCAUCAAUGGAUGGGGGGGCCAGUAUCUUACAUUUUAAAUUGCUCAUAAGAUGCGAGCUCCUGCUCUAACCAUGUGCAGGAGUGUUUUAUGCAUUUAUUGUCUAAUGCUCCUGCAAACACACAUAUACAAUUAAGCUAGGUACACACUAUACAUUUAUCUGCCAGAUAAUCUGCCAGAUCUGGCUGGUUGAAAUGAAAAUCUGGUAAUGGAUGAGACCAAACGACAAUUGACCAUUUGCACCCAAACACUGGAAAACUAACAAAACCUGUCAUUCAUACAAAUUGGUUAAACGCAAAUCUAACCAACUUGGAUGAACGACUGUUUUUAUUCAUUUUGCAGUUUUUGGGAGCAGAUGGUCGAUUGUCAUUUGCUCUCAUCCAUUACCAGAUUUUCAUUCCAACCAGCUAAAUCUGGAAUUGUAUAAUGUGUACCUAGCUUUACAGUAUCUGGACAAUCAGCCGAUAUAAAGCAAUUGCUCCUAUAAUUGUAUGGGUGUGUACCUACUAUAGCUUUAGAGCAGGGGUUCUCAAACUCGGUCCUCGGGGGCCCACACAGUGCAUGUUUUGCAGGUCUCCUCACAGAAUCGCAAGUGAAAUAAUUAGCUCCACCUGUGGACCUUUUAAAAUGUGUCAGUGAGUAAUUAAUACACCUGUGCACCUGCUGGGUUACCUACAAAACAUGCACUGUGUGGGGUCCUGAGGACCGAGUUUGAGAACCACUGCUUUAGAGCCUCUCAGUCUGGAAGCCCUACAGAGUGAUGGAAAAGGAAGGAUGUUGUAGUAAACUGUGAAUAAUUGCUAGCAAUUUGAAAGAAGACUGUAGUACAUAGACUCAUGGCUCUUUUUAUGACAAGCUGCCUUCAGUUGUGUUAGAGUUAAUGACUCCAGAAAGACACAUCCACUGUCAGUUCAUAGCAUUUUCUAAGUCACAGUUUCUCAAGAUUGUUCGGGUUUGGUGUUUGAAGUCACCUGUUAUAUUGUAAUUAGUGAAUUAGAGGUGGACCUGUUACCUACACACAUUAGGCAUAAUAUCUGAAGGGCAUUAUAGCCAAGACACAGCACAACAUUCUGUUUGGUGUGGACACGCACUGCGGCUUGCCCUGAUGCACCUACUGUAGAUGACUUGGGGUCUAUUUACUAAUCCUUGGAUGGAAAUAAAGUGGACAGAGAUACAUUUUCAGCCAAUCAGCUCCUAACUGCCAUGCCGCAGGCUGUGUUUGCAGAAUGGCAGUUAGGAGCUGAUUGGCUGGUAGCUUAUCUCUGUCCACUUUAUCUCCAUCCAAUGUUUAGUGAAUAGACCCCACUGUGGUGCUCCUUGUUUAACAGAGCAGUACCAAAAUUAGAUCUUGUCAUGCAAAGUGAGAUCACUGAAAUUAAAUAAAGGGGCAAAAAGCAAAUUUUUAUAGGAGAACUGCUCAAUUUGCAGAAGGACACAAAGCAGUUGUCACUCCAUGUAAGAAUUAAUUUUUGCCUCAGCAUAAGGGACAGAUGUACUAAGCCUUUGGGAGUGAUAAAUAAAGAGAGCUAAACUACCAACCAAUCAGCUCCUAAAUCUCACUUUUCAAACACAGCCUGUAACAUGGCAGUUAGGAGCUGAUUGGCUGGUACUCUAUCUCUCUCCAUUAUAUCACUAUCGAAGGCUUAGUACAUCUCCCCAUGGUAGAAUCAGGUUUAGUACCAUACAGUAGCAUUCAUUGGAGACAGCAGAAAAGCAAUACAGAAAAACAUGUCAAAUACACAAUAAUUAAAUAUAUCUGCACUCUCAUGAUUGAUUUAAGACAUAAUGGAGACUAAAAAAGCAGUAUUUCAGGAGAAAGUAAUGGAAAGGGGUGGUUCAGAAGUUCUACAAGGUACACUUCUAGUUUGCAGGGGCAUAUAAAAACACAGCAACAUAGGUGAGCAGCUUGGAAUGUGCUGUGCACUUUACAAGGCCUAGAAAGGACGGAGCCAUUUUCUGACCACUCUAACGUCCAUGAAAAUGUAGCCUAUCAAAUCACUUGGAAGCAGUACCUCAAAAAUGUAUGCUCUCAUGAAUGUUAGCCAGGCAGGGCCACACUGAUGUAACUGGUUCCUAGUACUGAUGGGCUGCAUACCUCCCAGAAAAGGAUAGUACAGCAUCUAGGUGACAGGUCCUCUUUAAAGGAUAAGAUAAUGUAAAAUUCUAGCUUAGUAUAAGAAUGCAGACAAUGCCCCCUAGUGAUGCAUAAUGAUUUGUACAGUUGCUUCAUGUAAGUACUAGGGAUACUUUUCAGCCACUUCAGAAAGAAGUGAAGUAAUCAGCAAUACAGGCGAUCAUUGCCUUUGGCACUUCAGCCAUAGUAUGUAAACCUUCUGAGUCUGAAGACCGCAGAUCGGUUAAAAUGUCUGUCCUCAGCACAAAUCCAGUAGCGCCAGCAAUUGAGCAUAUCCUGAAUUAGCAAGCCAGUUGGACAGUCAGAAAGCAGAUCAUGUGUCAUUGCAUACUAAUUAACAAAAGUAUGAGUGCUGCAUUUAGAUAGUAUGUUUUUCAGUUGCAUAUGUUAAGGAUGACUUUCAAGUGACUGGAAAUCAGAUACCCUGGCAUGAAGAGUCAACUCUGAAAAAUGUCUUUCUUGACCUAUCUAUUGGCCUGCAAAAUUCCAGACUGUUGGAAGAUAUGUAGAUAGAUAGAUAGCCAAUAUAGUAAUCGAAAACUUUUUUCUUAUUACAGCAAACGAAGAACGGCAUAAUCAUUUCCCCACUUUAUUCUUAGUCAUUCUCCUCAGAUGUACUAGUUGUGUUGCCUUUGACUGGUUCUACACCUGCACUGUACUUGGGGUCUAUUCAUGAAGCAGUGAAAACAGUGGAGAAACAGACCCGUGGAGAAGUUCCCAUGGCAACCAAUCAGCAUCUCCCUUACAUUUUAUAGAAUGUACUUGAUAAAAGGCUUCCUUCAAAGCUGGUUGGUUGCCAUGGGCAACGUCUCCACUUGAAAUUUUCUCCACUAUUUUCAUUGCUACAUGAAUAGACCCCAAUUUCUGUUUCACAUCUUUCCUGCACAUUUUCAUGUUUCCUAUGUUGAUUUGCUGUAUUUUUCACACCAACAUUAAAAAACACAAAAACUUGU